AUGCCUUCCUUCAAACGAGCUCGUUCUAUGACAAGUCUCGCAGAGGAAAGCGAAGUUGUCGAUGUUCAGCAAGCCAGCUCGUCUAUGGCUCAAGACAGCCAGUCGACUAAGAGAGCGCGCCUUUCACUCACGACAGAGGGCCAUAUGGAAGCAACGCCCGAUCGCACCGUGGCGACUGGGUCUGAAGAUGAAUCCGAUAACGAAUCCGACUGUGGGGACGCACCGCCGCAGACCCAAUACGAGAUUAUGCGAGAUGCCGGAUUCAAGCAUCUGGAGCACCUCGAACUUGACGAUGAUCGAGCAACGCAGCAGCUUUUACGACGACCGCGCGCCUUGGGCGACAAUAUGGCCGCUGACAGCGGCAUUAUUGAAAGCAUUACAUGUUACAAUUUCAUGUGUCAUGAGCGGCUUCACGUCGAGCUUGGGCCUCUGAUCAACUUCAUAGUCGGAGAGAACGGUAGCGGGAAGAGUGCUGUUUUGACUGCUCUGACUCUAUGCCUUGGAGGGAAAGCCAGUGACACUAAUCGCGGUGGCAGCCUUAAGUCCUUUGUCAAAGAGGGCCGAGACCAAGGCAAGCUCGUGGUGCGCAUAAAAAAUGCCGGAUCGGACGCUUAUCAACCGUACAUAUACGGCCCAAGUAUCAUUGUCGAAAGGCAUUUUUCCAAGACUGGCAGCAGCGGUUUCAAAAUCAAAACGGCCGACGACAAAGUCAUCUCGACGAAGAAACAAGAAGUCGACGAAAUUUCCGAGUGGUUCGCACUUCAAAUGGGCAAUCCUCUCACCAUACUAUCUCAGGACAAUGCCCGGCAGUUCCUAAACGCGGCGACUCCAGCACAGAAAUACAAAUACUUCAUCUCUGGAGUGCAGCUUGAGCAGCUCGACAAUGAUUACCGAAUGUCCCAGGACACGUUGGAUAAAACCCUGAAUUUACGUGACGACAUCAACGAAAAGGUCGCGCUUGUAAAGAAGGAGAUGGAUCAUGCUCUUCGUCUGGCAGAGUCCGCGCAAAAGAAUCAGAGUCUCCGUGAAAAAGCAAGGCUUUACAGGUGCCAACUUAUCUGGUCGCAGGUUGUAGAGCAGGAGAUUGCUCUCGAACAACUUGAUGCCAAUAUUGUGACCAGAAACGCCCGCAUUGCCGAUGCUGAGAAUGAGUGCGCAAGGCUCGGCAUAGUCCUUCAAGAGGCCGAACAGAAGCUACAACAAUUCCAGUUGAUGAGAGACGACUUGAAUACAGAACGCGACGCUAUCAACGACAAAGUCAUUUCCUUAGAAGCCAUUUUCAGCGCGGCGAAAAAAGACCUCACCGAGCUGCAUCUAGAUGAGCGCGAUGCUUAUAGUCGGUUGAAAGCUAUUCGCGCGGAGAUGAACACACUAGAGAAGAAAAUAGAGGAGGAGCAAAAACGCCUGGGCGAGUCCACUGGUGCUGCGAAGGCCGAGAAAGAAGCACAGCUCGAAGAAGCCAAGGCUAAGGAGCGAGAAAUCACUCGGAACAUAACGAAUGCGGGCGAACAGCUUCGUGAAAAACAAGGGAAAGUGCAGGACAACGAAGAGGCUCUGAAAUGUCAGCAGCGACUGAGAGAAAGUAAACGGAGCGACAUUGCUGUUGCAGAGGGGGUUGUGUCUGACCUGAAGAAACGCACUCGGUCCGCUUACGAUGGCUUCGAUGGGGAAAUAGCCAAUCUUGUCAAACUCAUCGACAAAUAUCAAGGAUUUGAAACCAAGCCUGUCGGGCCGAUUGGCGCACACGUCAAGCUCCUCAAACCAGAAUGGUCUGGUAUAUUAGAGAAGACAUUUGGUGAAUCGCUGAAUGCCUUCGUUGUGCGUAGCAAGGAGGAUCAAUCCAAGUUGUCUGAUAUCAUGCAAAGGAGCAGGAUGAAACGUCAACCACCUAUAUUCAUCGCAUUUGGGGGACAUAUCGAUACCAGUGCCCAAGAACCUGCUCCUGAGUUCAACACGAUACUCCGAGUGCUGGAGUUUGACAGGGACACAUUCCGCACUCAACUGAUUAUCAACAGCCAAAUUGAGAAAAUCAUUCUAGUCCAAAGCAGAGCAGAAGCUGAAAAAGUCAUGGUAGACCAAGGUCGGCCACCUCGCAACGUUGCGGCGUGCUUGUGUUUUCAUGACGGCAAAGACAAGCGAGGGCAAGGCAUCAGACUGACGAACCGCAAUGGAAAUAUUGGAACCGCACCAAUUGUUCCAUCCAAAUUGCGACCCAGGAUGCAGUCAGACACCGGGCGACAAUUAGCAGUUCAGCAAGAAAACCUAAAGCAAUUGGAAAUUGAACUUCAAGAGCUAAACUCAGAAGAAUGUAUUGUCCAGCAAGCGCUUCAGAGAUCUAAAGCGGAGCUAGAAUCGCAUCGCCGGCAUCAAAAAAAGCUCGAGAACGAUUUGCGCCGAGUCCGGGCUGACAUGGAGCAGAUAUCAAUGGAGAUGGAUGCAUUUGAAGGUGCAGAUGACCGCCUUGUCACUCUUCGUGCUGACUUGGAGCAAAAGCACAAGGAAGAACAGGAAUUAGGUGGUCAGUACGGCAGUAUGAAACUGGCCAAAGUUGACCUGAACAAGAAAUCAGAAGCCGCCAAGAAAGACCUGGAAGAGAUCCGCCGUGAGGCAGAAACAUUCUCGGAGCGUGUUGAGAAGGCCGAUCUGAAGAUUCGGAGCACAGAGUCCAUGAGACGAAUCGCCGUCGCGCAGAAGAAUGCCGCUUACGAGCAAGCCGACAUUGAGAAAGCAGAGCGCCGCCGCGCCGAGGAACGACGAGAUGACAAGGCAGGGGAGGUCGCUGAUUUUACACGCCAAGCUCUCGCAGUUGCCCCUGAUAGAGUACAUAUUCCCGAGGGUGAUACUUACCAAAGCAUUGAGAGGAAGUAUCAAAAGAUUGGCGACCAGCUAGCUUUGCGCGAGCAACGUCUUGGAGCAACCGAUCAACAAAUCUAUGACCGAGCAAACGAGGCCAAGAGACGCUACGAGACUGUCGUACAGGAGACGGAGAAUCUGGAUCGUAUGAUUGAUUCGUUGAAGGGUGCCCUUACCCAGAGGCUUUCCUUGUGGCGCCAGUUUCAGAGGCAGAUUAGCGCGCGUAUUCGCAUUCAGUUUAAUUAUCUCCUCAGCGAGCGAGGAUUCCGCGGUAAGAUUGAUCUCCGACACAAGGAGCGCAAGGUUGUCAUCCAGAUUGAGCCAGACGAGACGAGGAAGAACUCGGGCGGGCGAGACACAAAAACAUUGUCGGGCGGAGAAAAAUCAUUCUCAUCCAUCUGCAUGCUGCUCUCCGUGUGGGAGGCGAUAGGAUCGCCGAUUCGCUGCUUGGACGAGUUUGACGUCUUCAUGGACAAUGUCAACCGAGCAAUCAGCACCAACAUGCUGGUCGAUACUGCUCGUCGCUCCGUGUCGCGACAGUAUAUUCUCAUUACGCCUAAUGCCAUUGAGGGGCGUGCCAGGCUCGAUAAGGACGUCAAGAUCAUCAGAUUGACGGAUCCCCGACAACGUACUCUAAUUUAA